CAAAAACAGUGCCAGUGUUGCUUUGUUGUAGCUGGCAAAGUGUCUUCAAGUUUAUUCAAAAAAUUGCAGUAAAAAUAGUUCUUAAAUUUCGAACAAAUGGAUGUCAUGAAUCCCCAGCUGAUGUGGAUCGGUACACGGUGUUAUCGGGUCAAUCAGGUCUCGGAACAACGGUAUGAACAGCAACAGGGCCAGGACGAUAGCAAACCAUACGUCGAAGAAGACAUUUACGAGGAGGACGAUCGCGAGCUGGAUUACGACAUCCAAAUGGUCGACGGAGGCAAAUUUCAAACUUCAUUCCACGUUCCUUCCGCCUUCUUCGCGAUGCUAAUCGGCGCCAAGGGCGCCACCCGUAAGCGCCUGGAGACCGAAACCAAAACCCAAAUCCUGGUCCCCAAGCAGGGAACCGACGGGGACGUGAUCGUUAAGGGGCCAUCCCGCAAGGGCGUAACGUCCUGCCGGCAGCGCAUCGAACUGAUCGUACUCGGAGCCCGCAGCAAGCAACAGUUUACGCACUUUUUGUCGAUCCCGCUGAACUCGGAGCAGAUUCGGGUGAAUUACGCAAAGUUUAGGGAGCGUGUGCUGACCGAGCUGCCGGGGGUGUUCCAGCUGGACGAGUCGCUGUUUCAGCGCGUCGAGAAGCUACACUUGACGCUCUGCACGUUGAGCUUGAUGGACAACGAGGAUCGGGCGCGGGCGGCUCAGCUGCUGAGGGACUGCCAGGAGACGAUUGUGGGGCCGAUUCUGGAGGAGUAUGGGCCGAUCGAGAUUCGGCUGGCCGGGCUGGAGUACAUGAACGAUGAUCCGCACGCUGUGGACGUGCUGUACGCGAAGGUCGAGUCGGACGUGCUGCAGCAGGUGGCGGACCGGACGAUGGAGUACUUUGUGGCGAAUGGGUUGAUGCAGCGCAAGUACGACCGGGUUAAGCUGCACGCCACGUUGAUCAACUCGUUGUUCCGGGGGAAUGGGGAGAUUGUGGGUGGUGAUGAGGAGCGACGAGGAGGUCGGGCCACGUUCGAUGCGGUGACGAUCUUGCGCGAGUUUGGCCACUUUGAGUUUGGGACGCAGCGCGUUAGCGAGAUUCAUCUGUCGCAGCGCUACUCGACGGCUUGCGAUGGGUUCUACGAGGCAACGGGGUUGAUAAAGCUGUGAGGGGAAUUUUGUUAGCAGGGAGUUUCUCAUCAGUAACUGCGAUUGUUUUUUGAAGUGUGUACAAUUAAAAGAAACAUUUAUAUUCAAUAAAAAUAAUGUCAGUGUA